AUGUGCUCAUCUAGGCAUUUGGUGCUAUGAGAGCUCGAGGGGCACGAGUCACUGACAUUGCAAUCAUUGUGGUUGCUGCUGAUGAUGGAAUUCGUCCUCAAACAAGUGAAGCAAUAGCUCACGCAAAGGCUGCUGCUGUACCAAUAGUCAUAGCUAUAAAUAAGAUAGAUAAGGAAGGAGCAAGUCCAGAGAGAGUGAUGCAAGAGCUUUCUUCAAUUGGUUUGAUGCCUGAAGACUGGGGUGGUGAUGUUCCAAUGGUUCAGAUCAGUGCGUUGAAAGGGGAGCAUAUAGAUGAUCUGUUGGAAACUGUCAUGCUUGUUGCAGAGGUUAGUUUGCUAUAAAACCCAUGAUAA